CUUGAGGAGGAUGAUGACGAUGACGAUGGCAACAGUGCUUGUAACGACCCAGAAGAAGAAAGCUUGGCAGGAGAAAGUGAAAUGAGUGAGAGCAUUGCUGGCAGCGAGAAGGCCUUUAAAAAGACGAAUCAGUAGAUUUCCUGCUGUCCGCUCCAGGCGAUCGCGCCGUGAUGAGGGAUGGGUCGAAUGCCCAGAGCUCGGAGAGGGCUGGAAACGCAGAGAAGUAAUUAGGCGCUCAGGCUGCAGCGUUGGACAGACGGAUACAUAUUAUCUAGGCGGGGAAACUGCACCGUACAACAGCUAGAAUGAACACAAGAGGACACGAACAGAGUUGGAGAGAGAUGCCGAUUCUGAGAUAGAUAGUGGAUAAUGCACAUUAUGAGUAUGAUGCAGGAACAGAAUACAGUGACCGAGCUAACAUAAGUAGGCACAAUACUGCAUAUACAGGUGAACAGCGUGAGUAGUGUAUGGAAUCACGGAGGGAUUUUGCAUGAUAUUGGACAAAUAUUGCACAUGGAAGCAUCUUUUAAACAUAACCACUGAUGUAGUGUGAGAGGUUUUGGACUGGGAGGUAGUUAACAGUCCUGAUUGUACAGUCUCAUAGCAGUAGAUGGGAAAGCUGCGAUAUCUCUCCAUUACACAGCGAGGGUGGCUCAGUCUGCUACUGAAGCUGCUCUCUAGAGCAGACAGUGAGUCCUCCAGUGGGUGAGAGUUAUGGUCCAGGAUGAAUGUGAGUUUAUCCAGGACCCUUCUCUCACCCACCUCCUGCACCGUGUCCAGAGUGCAGCCCAGGACAGAGCUGGACUUGUUGAUGACCCUGUCCAGUCUCUUCCUGUCCCUCGCUGUGAUGCUGCUGCUCCAGCAGACCACACCGUACAGGAUGGCCGAUGCCACCACAGGGUCAUAGAAGGUCUUCAGGAGUGGCCCCUUCACUCCAAAAGACCAGUCUCCUCAGCAGGUAGUGUCUGCUCUGACCCUUCCUGUACAGUGCAUCCAUGUUAUGAGUCCAGUCCAAGUUUAUUGUUCAGAUGCACACCCAGGUAUUUAUAAGAGUCCACUCUCUCAAUGUCCAUUCCCUGGAUGUGCAUUAGGAGUCACAUCUUCACUAGCUACAACAGAGUUAUUUAUAAGAGGCUCAAAAUAGAGGAAUCUAAGAACUACACUCUUUUAGGACAAAUAUACAUGCGAUACUCCAAAAAUUAGAAUAUUGUGCAGACCUUCAUUCAUUUCAGUAAACGUAGAGGUGAAACGAAUAUAUGAAAUAGACUCAUUCAAAUGCAAAGCAACAUAGUUCAAGGUGUGAUUCGUCAUAAUUGGGAUCAUUAUGGUUUACAGGUCAUGAAACCCCAAAUCCACAAUCUCAGAAAAUUAGAAUAUUAUGAAAAGGUUCAAUAUUCUAAUCCAAUCUUAAUUAUGAGAAAUCACGGCUUGAACUGUGUUGCUUUGCAUGUAAUGAGUCUAUCUCAUAUAUUAGUUUGACCUUUUAGGUUGCACUACUGAAAUAAAUCAAGUCUUUCUCGAAAAAUUAUAAUAUCGUGCAUCACCUGUAUGUAUGUGCUGACAGAGAACAUGAGGUUGGCUGGUGGCAGAGUAGAAGAUGCCCAGGAUAGUUAGGUGGAAGCAGAUGAUUUGCUGUGGCGACCCCUGAUGGGAACAGACAGGAAAACAAGAAGACAACACUCUUGCAGGGCAACAACCGGUGUCCCUGUACCAAAGGGUGAUCGAGUGAGGAGCAAGGUAGAACUGCUUUCAGUGCUGCAAGGAGUCCUCGACUUGUCAAACUUUGACUUUAAGUCUGGAAAGUUCUACGAUCGUGACACUCCCCCCAUUAGAGUUCGGAACAGACUAAAGAAAAAGGUCAGAGAGCGGUCGUCGUCGGAAUCCAGCUUCAUGGAGAGAGGAGAUGGAGCUGACACUCCGGACUCUAACCAUAGACUCACCCCCAGCGGGUUGUCCCUCAACAAGCAGACAAGCUACUCUUCCUCCACUAGAGUUGGAACUCCAAACCAAGUGAGUCGCGAAAAGGAUCCGACUGAGGAGGAGACAAUUCGACUUCCUGUUCCUUCAUCGUUCAGAUUGCGUCCACUCCCCUCCAUAAAUGGAGAUAUUGGGACAGAGGACAGCACGCUGGUCUGCGCGCGAUGUAGCGCUUCCUUCACGGGCACAUGGUACGACAAACAGAGAAAGAGGCCCUGCUGUCCCUCCUGUUGGGCUUCGAAGACAAAGGAGCAUCCAAUGAGUCGCUUUAGAAAGUGGAUCCCAUGUGGGCAGUGUGUGGGAUGUGCCAACACAGUGGACUGUGGACAGUGUGCCAACUGCAAGCACGGACUGCAGAGCCCUGAGUCCCGAAGACGCGUGUGCCGGAAACGCAAAUGCAUAUGUCCCAUCCGCAAGAGUCCUGGAAGUAUAAGCUUUCUGCAGAGUACUUACAAUGACACGCCUGAAACAUUUGAUGACACAUGCAUGAGCUUUCAGAGUGAAGUUACAGAUUCACAGUUGCCGAGUGUGAAAAGCAGCGACAAUGACAAUGUCAAUAUGGAUGUUGAUGAUGAUGAUGACUUUUCAACGGACGACGAUGAUGACUGGCAUAAGAAGCGGAAGCGGCGCUCGUGUGGCGAAUGCCAAGCCUGCCUCUGCAGGAAGGACUGUGGCACUUGUGACUUCUGUGUAGACAAACCCAAGUUUGGAGGCAGCAACAAGAAGAGGCAGAAGUGUCGCCUACGGCAGUGUCAGAGGCAGGCGAUGAGACACUUGCUGCCCUUCCAGAUGGGACAAGGUGACUGCAGUCUAGACGGCUCCCUACUACCAGGCCGGCCCAGACCCCACUACACAUACAGCCGCAAGCCGAAUCAAAUAAAGAAAAACCAAGGCCCACAUUUUAACUUGGACUUCACAGACAACGAAGACGAUGACGGUUACUUUCAAGAGAUGAAUUGGAUCUCAGAACCAGCAACAGGUAGCAAACACUCCCAUGAACCGAGCAUGAGGGAUCAGCAGGCACAUUUCAUUCAGCAGAAUGGACUGUCUGACAGAGCCCCAUAUACCGGCAACCAUAACAACUCCCAACCAGACCAGCAAAGCAAAUGGAAUGCAGAGAGUUUACAUCCAAACAGAAAUGUUGAAAACCACGUUGAACAAGAGGCAGAGGAGGAAGAAAACGAUGACGAGGAGCUGCCUAUGAUCACACAGAUAUUCAGUUUGGCUGAUCAAUCAGCAGGGAGCGGUGUGGAUGUAGAAAGCCAGCUCAUGAAACUGCUGCAGUCUCUGCGCACCUCUGUACUGCCAAUCUUGUGGUAUGCCAUAAUGGUGGAAGGGCCGCAGCUGCAGCUCCUCCAGUGCUGUAAGAAGUCCAGCAUGAUCGACACGAUGGUUCUGAUCGACCCGGGCUUCUGCUACCAGGUCACUGUUCAGAAGCAGCCGCUGCUGCCCACCCACCCAUUGUACGACAGCUUCCCAGCACGCCUUACCUCUGCCAAUGAGGUGGUCAAUCUGCUCCUGGGGCUGGAGAAGUACGUGGUGUGCCAGGGACUGUCCCCCAGGGAUCCGCAUUCUAAAAGCCCAGUCAUCUUAGAGCGGGCGUCAACGUGUGACUUCUUGGUCGAUAGGACUGUGAGCGUUUGUAGUAAUUGUCGAGCACUACAAGUAAUUUGAAUUUAGCACAUUGACAACGGUAGAAGCCACAGGUUCCCUGGUCUCCUGUUGUCAUAGUUAUUUCUUUUAGUAAUGAAUCAUCAUGAUAUUCUACAGAUUUGAUUAUUUGACAAAUCACCAAAGGCAUCCCAUGGGAACCAGAUGUGCUUCCUUCUGGACAAUAUGUUUUUGUCGGACUUUGGAUCCACAGGAAUCUUUAACUGUCACCAUUACUAAAUGUUUGAGUGGCCAUGUUACUCAAAAUUCUGUUUACAUCAUCUCAAAAAUAAAGGUGGAACUGGCGUUUAACUGGAUCUUCUUAUUGGAUGGGGCUCUCAUGGUGCCCAUGUUACUCACUGUGAUAUUUGAGACCUAAUAAGCUACGAACUCUAGGACUGUUUAUUGGUUUGUGGAUUUGUGUAUUACUGGCCCCAAAGUGACACCGUCACUCACGUAUCCAGUGUGUGUAGUCCUUGUCAGGGCUGCGAGCACGCUGGAGCCGUCUCCGCUGGCAGCCGGGUACAACCUGGACAGAUGGUCGGCAUGGCUCCAGAAGACCGCUGCAUCUUCAACAGUUGCAGUUUUAUGUCCCGAAGGCAAAGAGUAAUAUGUAAACAAGUCAAAGAUUGUUUCUUUGGUCUCCUUAGAUUAGAUCUUCUCAAAUAUUUUCUGAUCAAUUUGAAAAGACCCCCCCCCCCCCAAAAAAAACAGCCAAGAAAGCAUAAGCAGUUUUAAACAUUACCUCUCAACUUUUUGCAGCUACUUUCCUUCCUUUUUGUGUUUGUCACCGUUUAAUUUACUACAACACUGUUUGAUUUUAUGUUUGUUUCAACAGAGUCAUUUUUGACACUUGUCUUUUUACAAAUCUUUAAAUUAAACUGUUUUAAUCCAAAACCACACUCGUAUAGUUGUUCUAUAUCAACUGCAUAGAGAUAUGUUAGACCUCCUGAAUCUUGUAGUUGUUGCAAGUUGCAAAAUUAUGUAAUUUAUAAUUGUAUUGAGGUCAUAUUAGUAAUAUAAUUUAGUCUUUAAAUUGUACUUUGUGAGGAAUUAAAACAUGUUUUUUCAGUAA